AUGAGCAAUAAUCAGUACAAUAAUAAAAAGUUGGCUCCUUUCAAAAGACAGAGAGAUACUCUCAAGGAGGAAUUAAAAAAGCUCUAAUAAGAAUAAGCAGACGAGGAAAAAUUGAAUGACAAUUAUUUUGACGAAAUUGGUCGAGUGGAAAAAGAAUAUGAAUCUUUGAUCAAAUAAAUUGAACUCUAUAACAAACAUAAUCAUACAUUAAAAGCAAUUGGUUAAAUGGAUCAAAAUUAAGGUUUGGAUGAGACAAUAGAGAAAAAUGUAAUUUAAACAUUAAAUCUAUUUCUUCUGAAUACAAGCAAAAAGGAGUAUUUAGAAAGUAUUUAGGAAUAAGAAAUAUCAAAGAAACAAUUACAAAGUGGAAAUCUCAUUAUGACCUAAAUUUAGCCCAAUGAUGAAAAACAAAUAAUCUAAGAAGUUGAAAACACUAUUCUUGAAGAUGGAUAUUAUGUGUCUUUGAAAUAGGGCUGCAACUCCUUGGUUGUUAAAAUACCAGGGACAGUACGCACAUUCAAGGAGUUAAAAUAAAUUGUAAAAUCGUGUUUUAUGGCAGAGGAGAAAGAGAUAUUUUAUACAGAUUUAAUGGGAAAUGUAAUUUAACCGGAUAUGAUUAUUUUGGAUCAACUUUACCCCUCGAUUUAUGAGUUGCUUAAAAAUUAUCAACCUGUCAUAGGAAUUAAAAUCAUUAAAUAAAAAAAAAUUAGAGAAGACACAAAAAAAACCGAAGCAGAUUUUAUGUUUGAUGGAGCCACCUAAGAAUUAAUGACUAAAUAGCUAAGAUCAACUAAGAGAAUUUAAAAAUCUAUUAAUUGGUCUAAAUACAUGGAUUACAUGACCAAUCUCAAGUACAUUUUGGAAUCUAUUUUAUUUGUCUCACUUUUAAUUUUAUAUGCAAUUAUUGAAAUUAGUGAGUUAGACUUUUUCACAAACUCUUAAUUACUUUUAAACUAGAGCUUAAACAUGGCAAUCUAAAAGUCCUACAUAUCUCCAAUUACUAACAUAUCCUAAAUCAUUUCCUUAUCAAUCCCCAAUGGAUCAGCCCAUGGUUUGAGUCCGACCUAUCCUCUUCAGUCGGGUCUACUUAUUCAAACUCUUGUUGGUAUAGAUAACUUCAAUAAUUGCAAUAUUUUGAAUGAAAAUCAAAAGCAAAUGUACUUGGAUAAUAAUUAAUCCUGUUUGAUGUUUGACAUAACAUAGACCAGUUAAUUAAAUCAAAGUUACACUAAAUUAAAUUUUGACCCUAAAGUCUAUAACGAAUAAUUCGGAGGCUAUGUUUGGGAAUUUAAUUUAAGCUCAAGAGAAUCCUUUUAAGAGAGUUAUAAUUAAAUGAUUUCAGAAGAGUGGUUAUAAUAUAAUAUCAAACAAUCUCAAUUUUUGUUGAAUUAUUAUAAUGGUCCUACUUAGAGAAUUAUAUAGGUAUGUAUCACUACGCUUUAUUUAUUCAAUGACCGUCUCAUGAAUUACAAUAGCUUUUAAGCGGAAGGUUUUAAUUUAAAAGAAAUUCCAGAACAAGUCCUAAUAAACAAAGACAUUAUAUUUUAUUGUUCGAUUGUCCUAUUGAUUUCAUCCUUUUUUGAUUUCUUUGGCUUAUACCUUAUAGGGACUAAAAAUAAUCUGAUCGUGAUCUACCUAUAAUACUAAGAAUUACUGAACAGGAAGAAAAAAUUGGAGGCUAAAAAAAGGUAGAUAACCGAAAGUGAUUAAAAGGAUCUAUAGUAGAAGGAGUUGAUAGUGGGAGAAUAUGCAAUAAUUAAUUUAAAGGUUAUUUAUGUUACUAUUAGAAUUCCCUUAGUAUUUGAUUAUAUUUGUAAUGAAAUUAUUAGUAUUUUAGAUAUCUUAUGCCAAUUUGGAAUGGUAAUGAAGAACACAAUAGAUGAUUAAUAUGAGGAAGCAUUAUAAGAAAUAGAUUUGAAAUCAGCUUAGUAUCAGGAUGCAAGUGCCUUGAUUAUACCACUUUUUUUGAGUAGAAUAUUUUCAGCUGUUUUGGUGUUAUUUUUGAUGAUUUCAAUAGUGAGGUUCAUGGGGAAUUGGAGUCCAUAUUUAAAAUGCUAUGGAUUGGUCAUGAUAAGAUUCAACAGUUAAUCUUGGUUCUUGAUGCUUGUUCUGAUAUUCAUUAUCAGUGUUUGUGCAAUGUCGUGGAUUGUAACCAUUCAAGGCAAACUAAUAAACCAUGACAAUUUCAUUUAUACCUUUUUGGGAUUGCUUAGGUGUACCUUGAGAUUUGGAUUAGAUAAUGAUAUUGAACAAUAAGGGUUCUAUAAUACAUAUGCUAAAGAUAAAAUUUAUUCUUUUGAGACUAAAUAUUUACAAUACAUAAUAAUAAUCACAAUCACAAUGAUAAUGAUACCAAUAUUUAUUUCUUUAAUGACUGAUUUAGUUCAAAAUACAAAAGUGGAAGCAAAAUAGAAGAUGAUGGAAAUGAGAAGGCAAAAUUAAAAAUGA